GUUUCUCCUCCCACCUCCUCCUCCCCUCCCCUCCCCUCUCGCUUUCUCCUCACCUCGCCUGCUGCCCGCUACCCGCUGCCCGCCUCAAGGUGCCCACUCACACCCGUUUGAUCGCCCCCGCCUCCGCAUUCUGCGCCCACACCUGAACAUAACCCAAGCUGCAGUUUUGUGGAGCACCGCAGCAGACCAGCCAGACCAGGCGCGCCCGUCUGUCUCCACAACCCAGCCUGCAGACGUGCAACAGCGCAUCAGCUCCAGUGUAUCCGUACCAGCACGAGCAGCAAUAGCAGUGCAGUGACCCGUACCACCCGAGCUUGCCCCCGUUUGUUCCGCGGCCGUUUGUCGAUGAGGGACGGGCCAUUCACCGAUCUGCCAACCUUCUUUAUUACUACCGACUAGGUGGAGUGAAUGACGGGUGUGACUGACUGACUGACUAACUGACUGUCUGUCUGUCUGUCCACGGUUCUCAUAGUUUGUCUGCUUGCGCUCGGAUCGACUGAUUUACUUGGUCCCCUUUGUCACCCUUUCCCUCCUCUGUCGCGGGGCCAGAUUUCGACACGCGACUCCUCAGCAUUCCCGCCCGCCCAGCUACCCUCCUCGUGUCCCCCAAACCCCGCGUUUCCAUCCGCCUUAAGUCAUCAACUUCUCUUCCUCCGCGCCUCCUCCUCCCCCCCUCCCCACAUCCAAGACGAACGCCAUUGAAGGGGGCCUGCCUCUCUCCAAUUGAGCAGCCACGCAACAGACAGUGCAGUGCAGUGCCGCACGCCAGACACGACACGGUACAAAACAAUACAGUACAGUACUGUACAUCGCUGCGGAGUUGAUCAGGGCCACAUCAGAUCUGAUCUCAUCAGGAUCAGCAUCGGCUUGGAGAAGCUGGACAAGACAGCAAGCAUAUCCAGAUCGCACCGCGUAGAUCUGUCUACCGAGUACAUGCACACGCAGCGCAAGAGGUUUCCUAGCCAGCCUUCCUGACGAUCGGCUCACAAAACAAGGCUUGACUUUGGUUUCAGAACUUCCCCAACCAGGUGUCCUGUGCCCUGUCUACCCUGCCUGCCCUGCCAUCGUCUUGCAAAAGUAGGUGCCCAACCUGUCAGCCUGCCCAAUCUCAGCCUGCCUCCGUCGCGAUCCCGUCCCCUUGGUGUGAUUCCCCGAGUCGAUUUGCUUUGGUCUGCCCUGGGUUUGACUUGCUUUUCCGCCCUCGCCGCCCGACUGUCGACUGUCGACUGUCGAAUGUCGAAUGUCGAAUGUCUGUCUGCUGUCUACUCCAAAUUCCAUCCCGUCUUUUGCCUCUGAAUUCAGGGCGACAUCACCUCCUCUCCAUCCGGUCCCUGUCGCCAGUCACGACAUCACGCCCCUCCGCCCAAUGUCACGAGUCUGGGCAGGCUGUCCACUACCGAGCCACGCCUUGCCCAUCAUCGCCAGGCUUCCCCGCUCCUCCGCUGCCCAUCCACCCCCCCCUCUUCGUCCCGUCCUGGGGAAUCCCCUCCGAGGCUGACCCCCAUGUUGCCGUGUCGCCGCUAUUUACCUACCCUGACCAGCUUCCAGCCAGCUUUACCAGCAAGCUCCCCCACGCCUCGGAGAAUUCCCACAUCGGCCCAAGCUUCCAUACUCAUCAUACCCCGGGCAUUGCACGCAUUUUAUUACCAUAGCAGCUCCCUGCCUAGGUACCCUGCCCGGCCUGCCGUCAUCCACCCCCAUCCCCCCCUCACCUUAAGCUCCGGGGCUCGACGACAUCCCAUUUCAUCUCAAGUCUGUUCGUCGGCAUAGCGACCCAAAUUGCUCGACCGCCUUCGCACCUCCGCCUUGGCACCCGCUCGCCUGUCAUCGACAUUCCGAGCCAAUUGGAUCACCUGGCCCUCCAGAUCUCGCGCCCGACGCCAACGUAUCUGUGCGCCACAGGGCUCUCUCCUACUCAGCCGCCCCCCACAGCUCACACGAGCUUUCCCGUCCCACCCUCUGGGCCUCCUGUCCGGCCUCGCUCAACGCUGUACUGUCUCACUGGCCACGGCCCCCAUCUGCGGUCCACGGCCUUCCGAGUUGACGGGUCUGAGUCUGCUGUACCUGGUACUUGCCGCCUGCCCGGGAGUACGACCUUGUUCUGGCCGCGCCCCUCGAGCCCAGUGUCGCCCCGGAUGUCACUGCUCUGCUGCUUGGGGUAAGAGACUCUUCCAUCAGUGCCACCUACGAAACACGUCAAGGACACCAACCUGCGGGCGCCGCCUUCCGCGCACAAGGCCCAACCUGCCAAGCCCACCCCGUUUCCUCACCUUGAAUUUUGGGUUUCCUCGGCAGCCGGGACGGUACGCGCUCAGUUCGUCCGCUUAACGCAUAUCAGCCCGUCAAGCUUUGUACACCCAGCACACAUACUCCGUCGUCCCCGGUCCUGUCCCCCACACCUGGCACCCGCAAGCCUCACUUUGUCCCACAGACAUCCCACCAGUUCCGAUACCCCAAUCGUCGUGGCAUUAGCCCACGCUUGCUGCCCAAGGAUGCUUUCCAUCCAGUCCGUAGAGGGACCCAGCCCUCCUCGUCACGACGAGAAUGGUGACAUGAAGCAGCAGAAGCCAAAGACGCUGCCGUGCAAGUACUGCAACAAGUGGUUCAGGCGCGUGGAGCACGUCCAGAGACAUGAGAGAACGCACACCAAGGAGAAACCCUUUUCAUGCAAUUGGGAUAGCUGCGGCAAGAGUUUCGGCAGAAGAGACCUUCUCGUCCGCCAUGAGAAGCUCGUGCAUCUCAGCGAUGGCAGCAAAGACACCAACGGCGUCAGCACACAGCGCCGCAAGUCGUCGGCGGCCAACACCCAGUCGAGCCCGACCAAGAGUCACGCCGACACCGAGAUGCUCGGUAUGCAACAGACGCCCACCCAGUCCCAUUUCGCCCCGGACGCCGCCAUGUCUGCCGUCGUGUCGAGCCUGCCGCCCGACUCGCGCAUCGCCCCGAGGCCCGCAGCAGCUUGUAAUCUCGACCUGCUGUCCGAUGCCGCGACACAUCUUGCUUCCGCCGGCGACGUGUCGUCGAUGCAGAACAUGCUCCCAGAUAUGAGCCAGCAGCAGACCCCCCUCGGGCGCGUUGACAGCAUCCCGGCCUAUGGUGACCGAAACAGAGAGCAGGACCCAGUCGUCUAUUCGACGCCCUUCCCCGUCACUACGGCCCCGUACUCCGUCUCCUCUGCGCCCUUUCCGAUAACAUCAGCAGCCUUCCCCGUCACUUCCGCGGCCUUCCCUGUCACUUCUAAUCCCCAACCAACCUUCGAAGGCGAGGGCUAUGACAUCUUCAUGGAUGACUUUGCCACGCAGUCACACUUCCUGCCAGCUGGAGUGGAUACGGAGCAGUCCUUUGGCGGCUGGAGACCAGGAACCUCGUCUUUCCCGUCGAGGUUCCCCUCCCUGGCCCCUGAAGCAUCCACAGACGGGACGGGUAGGCUGCAGGAUGAGGCCAUGAGAGCGCCACUCUGGCGGAUUUCGAGCAACGACCACAGCGUCAUCAAGAGCCGCCUGGACGAGUUCUCGAGCGUGCUUCCAAACGACUUCGUCUUCCCUUCCCGGCAUACCUUGACUCGAUAUCUUGAGGGCUACAUUAGCGGUUUCCAAGAGCACCUCCCUUUCCUUCACAUACCGACCCUCAACCCGAGUGAGAUCGCCCCCGAGCUCCUGUUGGCAAUCGCUUCAGUCGGCGCACAAUACCGAUUUGAGAGCCAUCGUGGCCAUGCUCUCUGGUACGCUGCCAAGGCUGUCGCCCUUGAGCAGAUUCGGAGACGUCACAGUCACGAGGUCCACACCCUGCUGCCAACCCCAGCAGCCUACAGCCCACAUUCGACACGAGCAUCGCCUAGCUCUGGUUUCCGUCACUCUUUCAAUUCGGUCCAUUCAGACCGACCCAUGACGCAGGAGACCCAUCGUGAGCCAUAUUCUCCAAACAAUCCUCAGUCUCGGCUCGAGACGAUACAAGCUCUUCUCUUACUCUUCUCUGUCGGUCUCUGGGGAGCCAAAGCUAUUCUGCAGGAUGCCCUGUCCCUGCAAAGCCAGCUCGCCCUGCUGAUACGUGAUGAAGGGCUCAACUCCAAUCAGACGCAGGUUGCCGACUGGGAGACGUGGGUCCGAAAUGAGGGAAGCAACAGGACCAAGUUGAUAGCCUACUGCUACUUCAACCUUUGCAGUGUGGCUUACAACAGCCCGCCUGUCUUGUUCACCUCGGAGAUGAACUUGUUUCUUCCGGGCCCUGCCCGCCUUUGGAGGGCAGAGAGCGCAUGGGCGUGGCGAGAGGCCCGGCAGUCUGUCCAGUACAUGGAGCUCUCCCUGCAGGAUGCGUUGUCGAGGCUGCUGCACCGACCGUCUCAGGGACCGUUGAACGACCUGACAUCGCUUGGCAACUACGUCUUGAUACAUGCCUUGAUCCAGCAUAUCUACCUGCUCAAGCAGACCUCCUUUGCCAACAUGUCUCCCUUUGACAUCCACCGGGGCCUCAAGGCGGAGGAUGUGGAGGAGGUCACGCAGGCACUGCGAGUCUGGCAGCUGGGAUUUGAGGAGCACCGUAUGAGGAUCACCCAGUCAGCCCAGCAGAUGGGCAGCGAGAACUUCCCGGGUGGACCAGUGUCGUUUGAUGCGACCGCCCUCUCCCGACUGGCGCAUAUCCGCCUGCAUACCGACCUCGUCCCCGCUAGGGCGCUCGAGAGUCGUGAGCCCUACGCAGCAGCAAACAUCUUCAACCAGCUGCCCUUGUUGCCGCGGGGCCCACGCCUGAACAAGGCAAUACUGCAAGCCGUGCACGCACUCUCGAUGCUUGUCAAGGCCGGCAUCAACUACAUUGCCCGGACCAAGUCGCUGGAAUGGAGCAUGCAGCAUUCCCUGUGCAAUCUAGAAUGCGCAGUCCUCCUUGCCAAAUGGUUGAUGACCAUGGCGCAGAUGAGCCCUACCGAGAUACAGACCGCUGAAGAGAAGUCCAUACUGGCGUCGAUCCGGACAAUAGUAGACGAGACGGAGUACGCCGUGCCCAUUGACCCUAGCCUUGCCGCCCAGCAGCCAUCGAGGAUGGACAGCUCGCUCAACGACUCGCAAAAGCUGCGCCAGCUUGCGUCGGCUGUCCUCCGUAUCUGGGCCAAGACCUUCAAGGGCGAGCACAUAUUUGAGCUGGUCAAGACGAUGGGGCACGGCCUGGAGGUCUACUCGAACAUCCUGGACAAGCCGAGGGAUCAGCCUUCACUCGGGCGCAUGUCUUCUGGCUCUAUCCUGGAGUAGAUGUUGUCAGCUGAGAAUCUCGGGGUCCAUUGGCAAUUCUGUGCGACAAACAUUGGGUUACCAUACCAGUAUUCGGUUUGAGACUAACACUCGACCACACUCUGGUUAAGCCAGGGAGACUGGCCCCUCACUGUAUUGGUAUUUAGACUACACAGGAACGAUACCCCAGUAUGUGGGCCAGUCGGCGGCCCUGCUGAGGAGACUCCCAGAGUCAUGUAUUCUCUUCAGAAUAUUCCUCACAAGAAGCCUGCGUGGAGUGUGGUGCGUGCCCAGGUGCGGCUGACCAGCUGCUGGAAGCAAGGGUUGGAAGUGAUGGGCCGGGAGCGAAGGGCACCGGCCAACCGGCCACCAGCGUUAUUGAGUUGUUCACAUAUACGACGGUGUCUGGCGUUAAACGGACCGGAGCGGGCUCUUGGAAGCUGAUUAUUUUCAGAAGUGUUUGUUGCGAGUCUGGUGUUGCUCGGUUUUGUAGACUGUAGGAAGGUAGCUCGUGACUGGUUUUUGGCUCUCCUUAAGCCAUGUGCGACGAAAAAGGGCAGUGAGAGAAAUGCUUAAUGAUAAUGCUGUUAUGCGUUCA